AUGGGAGUAGAAGCAGAGGAAGUUGAUGAAUGCAACGUUAAAAUUAUGAAUGAUGUGCACAGAUAUUCAGCAAUAAUACUAUUCAACAAAUCAACAAAUACAAAUAUAAUCAAUAAUCAAAUUCAAUCAUAUAAAAACAACAACAAUCAAAUUAAAGUAUACUUCUGUGAAUCUAUUAGUAGAGAAGAUAGGGAGGAAGCUAAAAAGAAAAACAAAAAACAAACAACAACCAAUCAACCUAACAAUAAUACAAAUAUAAUACAAGGUAAUAAUAAUAAUAAUAAUAAUAAUAAUAAUAAUAAUAAUAAUAAUAAUAAUAAUAAUACCAAUAACUCCAAUAACUCCAAUAACUCCAACAACAACAACAAUAAUAAUAACAACAGCAAUAAUAACAACGACAAAAAUGUCAACAACAACAACAAAACAAUCAUCACAAAUAAAUUAAACAACUCAAAUACAACAAACAAUAUUACUACACAAACAAAACCAAGUGGUGGUCAACCACCAAAUGGUAACCCAACCCUAUCAAGAGGAUGGAAAAAUUAA